AUGAACUGGUCAAAAAGUGUGUAGGUUUGGCUAUAGUGAUAGUGGAUAACCGGUCAAAAAGAACGUAGAGCUGCUAAUAGUGGCGAGGAAACGCCAUCAGGGACGUCGUUUGGGGGGGUAGGGGAUCGGGGUGACUCCCCCCCCGCCCCCAGAGCCGAUCCGAAAAAAACUCCACAGGUAGAUACGUGAAAAAACGAAAAAAAAAUUUUCGAAAAACCUGUGGACCAAAAAAUUUUUUUGGGUCUCCACCCCCCCCCCAGAGAAAAACCGUAGCGACGUCCCUGAACACCAUGGUUCGAACUGGACCGGCCUAGAUACGGGGACGGUCCUAGCCCAUUUUUUAAGCCCGGCACGAUCUAAGUUUUGCUCAGGCCAGGUCCAGCCCGGCCUAAAUUUUUUUCAAGCCCGGCUCAUUCCCAUGUCUGGACCGGUCCGGCAAAACACAUAAUAGACUGGUCAAGAAAUACGUAGAAAAGUUUAAAAGAGAAACUAAUAUGACAAUUAUAGAUCUCAAAAUGGCCGAAAAGGUCUACCCAACCCAAGAAGAACUGGAACAAAAAACCCAGAAUUUUUGCAAAGAAUGUGACAAAACUUUUGUCAAUUCAAGCUCCUACAACUUCCACAUGGUCAAAACACAUCGACAAAUCAACAAACCAUCCGAUGUGGCUUUGGACAGUCGGCUGAAUCAUUAUGAGAGUAGGUUAUCUAUUUUUGGGUAAGUGAAGUAGGGGGUAGGGUAAUAUGUAUGGUAAUGUAGUGUAGGGGGAGGAUAGGGAAAGGUAGGCAUAGUUCAAGGUAUAGCAUAGUAAAAUAAGACAAAGAUGUGUCUGGUAGCUAGGAUAGGCUACGGAAAACUAAAAGUUUUUCUAGAGGUGCGUAAGGGCUAGUAGGGACGAGCAGGGUGGGGUAGAAAAGGAAAUAGUAGGGAGGAGGUAGAGAUAGGGGUAGGUAGGCCUGUAAAAGGUCCGGACCUAAUUUUUCGUCCCGGUUUGGGGCCGGAACUUGGUUUAUGUAGAUAGGCACAGGACAGGAGCAGGGCAAGGUAUAAAAGUACAGUGUAGGGUAGGGUAGGGUAUGGUAUGGUAUGAUAUAGUGGGGUAGGGUAGGGUGGAGUAGUGUACGGCUAGCAGUAUUAAAAUCGUUGUAAACUGAAACCAAUUUUCAGGAAAGACCUUUGAAUACUACUGUCCAGUCUGUAACAACCAUUACUCAGGGAUGAAGUUGCUGGUACAACAUUAUCGUAAAGUUCACGGGGAAAAACGCUUUGAAUGUGAUGUUUGUACGGCCAAAUUUGCAUUGGAAAGGGAUCUAAAGUAUCAUAAAAAGAAAAUGUGUAUUGCUUUGGGAGGUAUGUCAAUAUUUUUUUAAUUUUAGGAGGUAUUUUAUUGAAAAAAGUGAAAAUUUGGCCGUUUUUUAUCGAAAAAUUGCAGUUUCUUGAUAAUUCUAGAAUCCAGAAUGACGCUGCUGCCGCGAAAAUCGACCAACUCAUCAACUAAGGUGUCUAAAGCUCACUCUGACACAAACAACACUAAUGCUGAAGAAGAGAGUACAAAAACUAUGUCAAAUGUACCAUCAAUCCCCUCAACAUCAAGUACAAUAUCCGUAGCGCCGAAGAAACAAAAACUGAUUGCAGUAAAGUUAAUACCAUGCACAAUUACUCCAGUUCGAAAUCAUGUUCAAGUUCAAACUGAAUUUGCAUACAAUAACUUGAAUGCACCGUGCGUAAGUCAAAGCGCAGCCUGCAGUAGCCAGGGCGCAAGUAUGGACGAAGGAAUUCAAACAUCGGAUUUUGGGGUUCAAUUCGGAACAAUGUCGUACGAUAGGGAGUGUCAAUUUGAAGGGUGGGUUUAUUUUUCAUUUUUUUGAGAAUAAUAUGUCAUCAUUGAGAAUAAUAUGUCAUGUUUUUUAAAUUUUUGGUUUAGAUGACGCAUUUUUUGAAAAUGCAGCUUUGCGCUGACGGAUUUAUUAUAUCUUUGUCAUAAUGACCUAUUUUCUGUAAAUAUAUUUGGUAUUGUGACGUAUUUUAGUUUUGUCAUCAUGACAGAUUUUUUGGAUCUUUUUGUCAUAAUGACGUAUUUUUCAGAAUUUGGUGUCAUCAUGACGACUUUUAUGGACACUAUUUAUUUUUUUUUAUUUCAAUGUCGUAAUGACCUAUAUUUUCGAAAUUCUUUUGUCAUCAUGACACAUUUUCUGGAUAUUCAAAGAAUUUAAUAAUAUCUGAUGACAUAUUUUUCAGAGUCUCAACAUACGAUCAAAGCACGAUGUACGAAGCCCCAUCCACCUCAGACUACACCGUUCCAUCGUACUACGACGACACCAUCAUGCCAUAUGACACUUACAAUGACAAUAACACGGCAGCUACCCAGACAUACCUGUGGAGUGACGACUACAACAGUCAAGAUACGAUGGCAACAUAUACUGAACAACAAAACAUGGGUACUCAAACCGGGUUCGAAAGCUUGGAUCAAUGGUACGGUGGUGAUGCUAAUGGUACCAAUGGCAGGGAUUUCGGAGUUAUGACCGAUCCACAAUGGUUCAAUUGUGACAUUUAG